AGGUGAUGGUCCAGGAUGACAAACAGACAGUGGGAGAACAGUUGCGGGACACCGACACCCGGUGGCGGUAACGUGCGGAGCGUCGUCACCGUGACCUCACCAAGAUGGCGGCUCCUGGCGGCGGCCACAGUUCCUUGGUUCGCUUCCGUUUCUGAAAAAGUGGGAAGUUUCCUUUUCAAGACACUGUUUUUCGCGCAGGCGGUGACGUGCGGCCACGGAAUGGAGUCGCAGAGACCCACCAAGCUGGAGUUCACGGUGCAGAUGACGUGGGAGAGCUGUGCUGAUCGGGUCAGAGCUGCUCUGGACGGGAAACCGGGAGUGAAGUCGGUCAGUGUUGACGUGGGCAAGGAGCAGGUGUUGGUGGAAUCCGCUCUGGCCAGUGCAGAGGUUCAGGCUCUGAUAGAAAGCACCGGACGCAGGGCUGUGCUGAAGGGCAUCGGAGGAUCAGAGCGAGACCUGGGGGCAGCAGUGGCCAUGAUGGCUGGUGUGGGACCAAUCCAGGGGGUGGUGCGUUUUUUGCAGCUGUCUGAGGAGCGAUGUCUGAUUGAUGGGACCAUCGAUGGGCUGCAGCCUGGACCUCACGGCCUCCACGUGCACGCGCUGGGGGACCUCACGCGGGACUGCAGCAGUUGUGGAGAGCACUACAACCCGCAUGGAAGACAACAUGGAUCCCCAGAGGACUCUGAGCGGCAUGUAGGUGAUCUGGGAAAUGUUGUUGCUGGACCAGAUGGCAGAGCAACAUUUAGACUAGAGGACAGCCAACUAAAGGUGUGGGAUGUGAUUGGCCGGUCCCUAGUGGUAGAUGCACAGGAGGACGACCUGGGUCGAGGUGGUCACCCUCUCUCCAAGCACACUGGAAACUCUGGGGAAAGGCUGGCCUGUGGCAUCAUUGCCCGCUCAGCAGGCCUCUUUGAAAAUCCCAAACGGAUCUGUGCCUGUGACGGGAUCACGCUGUGGGAGGAGAGGGACCGGCCCAUAGCCGGGCCAGGUCGAAGCAAGGCCAACGCAGAGACACCGGCGGCACACCUCUGAACCUGGGACACCAACACCGGCAGUGCUUUCAAUAGAGCAAGCAAAGAAAAAGGAAGAGAUUUGGUGAUUGCUCCAGAGCUGAAGCGAAAAGGAUGGAGGAACACGUUUCCCCACAGCCAAAGAAAAAUGGCCUUAUUUUCUUGGAAAUGAUCUCUGAUGAAAUCAGAUGCUCUCAGAGCUGCAGAGAGCAUCCUCUGAGGCUUUUAAAUGCACUAAAGGAGAUCAGUGAAAGUCUCCUCUGAUUAUCUGAAUGUCUGUAGAUGCAGGUCUGUGUAAAAGCAGACACUUCUGAAUAAGUCAGAACAAAUAAUAUGUAUGUGUAUUUGUAUGAUGUGCCCAUCCACACAGUCAUUCCAGUGGAGGAAGCUUUGAAAUGUGCAGUCUGCUGUUAAUGUCUUCAUGUUUGCUGUUGCUGAAGGCAUCACUAUUGGGACGUACAUGUUUUUUUCAUGGAGCGUCUGAAUAAGCCUGUUGGAUUUCCCUGUAAAUGUUCAGCUGGUUUUCUUUUGAGUCUGAGGGUUGUAUUAAAGACUGUUGUUUAAUCCUUAGCUUUCCUCAAAUAGGUUUAAUUAGACAUAUAACGAAGAAUAAAUGGAUAUUUUUAAGAAGUUGUAAGUAGAGAGCUGUUGUAAAGUUUUGCACUUGAACUGUCUUCUGCAGCGCGUGUCACGCUUCCUGUGCGCACAUAAUGAGCUUCCUCACUUGUUGCUCGUCCCUGCGCCUCGGCGCUGGCCUUUUGUCCGUCCAGCGGCUCUAAUAAAUGAAGCAGACAUGU